AUGGCACAUAUCAAUCCUUGUUUUUCUUAUUAUUGUUCUGGACAUGGAUAUGGUCACGCUACCAGAGUUUCUGCAUUCGCUUGCCAUCUCCUUUCCCUCGAACCAACCCCCACUGUUUACAUAGUCUCUUCUGCACCAAAACACGUAUUCUCAGACAGCAUUAGUGCUGGUGCUCGAUACCGCUACGCUGAUAUUGACCCUGUCAUUGUACAACCUAUUGCUUACCGAGUGGAUCGACAGAAGAGCUUUUCGGUAUUGAAGGACUUCCUUCGAAGAAAGGAUGUCAUUCUCGAACAGGAAAGAGCAUGGCUUGCCGAAAUAUGCGCUGAUUGCGUGCUCAGCGAUGCAGCCUUCUUGGGAUGCCUGGCAGCCAAUGCUGCUGGCUUACCUUGCGCCCUCAUAACCAAUUUCACUUUCGACUCAGUGUACAGUUAUCUGUCAACAGGUUUCAAGGACCAGCCGGCUGUUCUUCAAGCGAUACAAUCUCCUUCUGACAACUCAUCAUCUUUAGAAGAUUUCGUUCCAGAUAUCCCCAUUCCUGACUGCGAACUCGAGCCUCUCGUACAACAGAUCUAUGACGGUUAUCGUUGUGCGGACCUUCUUAUACUUUUACCUGGCUACAUCCCUAUUCCUUCGUUCGCUCAAAACGUAGCUUUGCCAUCUCCUUCAUGGACGGAUCAAUCUACAAACACUUUACGUCAAGAUAUUAUUGCACAUCUCAUCCAAUCACCCUCGAUAUACACAUUACAUCCCCCUAUACCCUUCUCUGACACGAACUCCUCUCUUCAAACCAAAGCGAAACCUCUUCCACGUUCUGUUAUUCAGGCACCUUUACUUGUACGAUGUCCAUCGGAAUCUUCUUCAGUGUAUACUCCCGAAGGCCGCUCGAGACUCCUAUCUUCCAUUGGUGUCCCACCGCAUCUGCACGAUCCAGACAAGACCAAAAUACUGAUCGUUUCUUUUGGUGGUCAAGUAUUCCGCAAACCAUCAAGUCGGCCUAGUUCUGGCGACAAAACUCCGUCUAGAACAUCACAUACACGCUCUCCUGGGACUCCAGUGAAUUGUACCUUCGCCGAAGCUCACUCUGGUGGCCCACGCGUGCCCCCAGUAUCAAGGCUGCGUGAAGAUGAGAUUUGCCAUCUUGUCGAUGGUUCACCUCGCAACAAGAGAGCAUCCCUCCCUAGCUUAAUCAUCCCCCCAGCUACAGAGGUUGAAGAGUCUCCCAUCACCAUGUCACCCAGGCUCGCUACCACUUCACAUCUAUUUAUACCAGGCGCUCCUCCAGCAUCCAAGCCUUCGCCAACAACACCUUCAAGUGUGUGCUCUAUUCUUACCGAGUCCAUGACGUCGAUGUCAGUCUUUGACCAUGGCUGGAAUGAAGAGAAAUCUUCAAAUGUCACAAGUUACUCGUAUUUCGACGCAAUCAUCAGUGAACUUGAUGGCCCUCGUCUUCUCCCUGAUGAAUCCUGGAUCGCCGUCGUGUGUGGUGUAUCGAAAGAACAGUGGAGCGUAGAGGGAGGGAAUGAAGAGGAUGGCUUACCAGAAGGAUUCUAUGUCGCUCCGAAAGAUGUUUACAUGCCAGAUCUCACAGCAGCGGCAGACGUCCUCCUAGGGAAGCUGGGGUAUGGAACGGUGUCAGAGUGCGUAGACUCUUACACGCCCUUUGUUUUCGUAUCUCGCCCCUUAUUUGUUGAGGAGCACGGAUUACGGCUUCUUCUAGAUCGCGAUGGAGUAGGAAUAGAGCUUUCUCGGGGUUCAUACGAAGCGGGAGAUUGGGGAUCAGCCGUCGAGAAAGCUUGGUACCUCGGACGACGUGCCAAGUCGAUACGAAGGGGCAGAGCAGCGCUAGGGAUAGGUCUAGAACAGAGGCGCGAGGAGGGACGAGAGUUGGCGAAGAAGGUUGUGGAUUGGACCAAGUCAUGGCAUGGAUCCUCGACAGACUCUUAAAGACAAUGCAAGCCAACAUCUGGUGGCACAGUAAGGAUUAAUCACUUCUAACUUCUAAUAUAUGACACUGCUAUUGGACUUGUAUCAGUAGACUUUGAACCAUUAGUACUUGGACUACUUGUUUUAUUUUACGCCGUUGUAGUGGACUUGCAUAUGCGCCCAUACAAUAUGAUCCG